CGACGAGACGCUUCAUCACAGGGCCGGGUUUUGGCCACGCCGUCAUCAUUACGAUCCCACUGUAAAUAUUUGAGGCCGUUAAUUAGAUGCAAGAUAACGGAAUUGUGUUGAGCUCCCGUCCUAUAUAGCCCUAGUCACUGCUCGUUAAGUUCAGCAGUUCUUUUUAAAAUUAUGUUCUAGGCCCAAGUGAUGGCGUGACAGUUGUUUCCGUCAGCUGUCAGUCGUCAUACAGGGUCACAGAGGGUGGUGCUGUGUCGAAAAUUGCGGCACAGGUAACGCUGUCCGAUCCCACUAGUUUAACUCAUCAGUGGCAGUCGCGUAAUCAAGCCAGAAGUAAUUCCGCAUGGCAGAUGACCUUUCGACUGAAGCCACCACUGAAGGGGGAUAUCCUUGAAACUCGUGCUUUGGGUUGUGAUUGUUUCACAGGCAGAAACUGACGCUUUUCUUUGAAGGUAGUUGAUGGGGGCAUACUGCCAGGCUCUGGUAGUACUGCUGUACACGAUACACCGAUGCUGGAGUUUUCCUUCACUUUUUGCUGAUAUUUUUUUGAGUGAACAUUUAAGAGUAAAAUGCAUUUUAUCCUUGUUAAUGACGUGUCAUUUCAACUGGUCCUCAUGGCCGGCUUGGUGGCAGGUUGCAUGAAUCCACCAGACUGGCAGGCUCAGGAUUUUCAGACACGAUCGCAGGAAGCGGAUUUCAUCAUUUUGGGACGGGUAGUAGGGUUGACCCCGAUGCCGGAGGAGGGGGACCCGCCGAUGUCCCUGGGCUUCACAGCAGCAAUUGAUGUCCAGUGUGUGUACAAAACCCCAACAAACGACGCAGGCAUUGCGAGCUCCAUCACCGUUACUCCGGUCAACUUUACCAUGAGCUGCGCCAAGACAGUGCUGUCUGAGGAAAGGGUGUAUUUAGUGUUCCUGAGAAAGAGUGCUGGGAGUGGUGAUUUCAUGCCGGAUGAAGUCAACCGGGAGGAGGCGCAGUUUUCUCCCGAUGCGGCAAAACUUGAAUACCUGGUAGCGACAUAUGGGGCCGGCAAGGACUCCAGAAGUCCGGGCUGUCCCAAAACUGAUGCAACCGGGGACGGGAACUCAGACGGCCCUGUUGGAGGGAGAAAUGACAGCCAUAUACUUAGAGGUGAUGGCGGCGUCACUCAGGCACCGACGAAUCAACACAGCCCAAUCAAGACCGAUGUGACUGAUCCCAGAAAUGGUUCAGAUAAAUCCAUGGUUAUGUCCAUACAUGUUUUGGUUGACGUAUUAACGUUAAAGCGUCAUGCUUGGUUGGGUCAGAGUGCGGGAGACGAUCCUACACGUGGACACUGCUGGUAGGUAGACCCCCCCCGACUGUGUAAC